AUGCCGGGCCGGCAAGAUGCUGAGGUCACGUCGCCGUUCCUCUACGCCUUCUCCUUCCUUUUUCCCAUCACGCUGCUCCUCCCUGACCAUCCCCCUCAUCUUGUUCCUUUUUCUCACCGUGAACCAGCGCCACCACCGCAGCUCGAGUCCACCGCCGUUGUUGCCUCCAGCCCCGCCUCGGUUCCGGCUGGAUCCGGACGGGAGCAUGCUCCGCUGCCCGUUCUCGGCCUUCCCUGCGUCCAGCUCGCGCCAACCGCCGACUUCCUCUGCAGCCGCCCGCUGUUCCCGCACCAACGUCGUCCCCACCUGCCUGCGCCCAAGUCUCCGCCGCCAAGUCCCUCUGCUCGACCCGCCAAGUCCGGCGCCGCCAUCCUGUGCCUCGCCCGUGCGCCGACGUCUUCUGCUUCGCCCCUGCGCCUCAAGUCCCGCGUCGCCGCCGCCUUGCUCCGUCCCCACCGUUUCCCGCCGACGGCCUCCUCUCCAGCCCGGCGUCGCAAUGGUUGCUUCCCCGCUGGAUCUCGCCGCCCUGCCAUGAACCCGUCCCUACUCGACCUCCUGUGCGCGCCACCGCUUCCCUGCAUCAUCUGA